AUGGUCCUCAAUCGGUGUCCUACUAAAGACCGCUUGUUGAAUUGGGGACUACAAACGGAUGCGCUCUGUGUUCUCUGUCGUGCCUAUGAUGAAUCCAAAGACCAUCUCUUUUUCCAGUGCUGCUACUCAAAGGACCUCUGGGAUCGAGUGGCUCACAAGUGCGAUCUGACCUCCUCUUCAAGCUGGGAAACUACUCUUCAAAGCCUCCGAUGCUCCCCGGGAACGAGAUUGCAGAAGAAGCUUCGAUUACUCUCCUGGCAAGCGACCAUCUACUUGAUUUGGUCGGAACGCAACAGCAGGAUCCAUAGGAAUCACUUCAAAUCCCACACUGCCCUCUUCCGUGAACUUGACCAUCUGAUAAGAAUCAGAAUCGCCAGCUUCCGGUUUAAUGAUCCGGCUCAAUCGUCGGACCUCCUAUCUCUCUGGUUUCUCCGAUCAUGA